AGCAGAGAGAUCACACACUGUGGGCAUGGAGAGGCUGGAGCCGCUGCUGGAGCUCGAGCUCUCGCCCGUGCAAAAGAAGAUGGCGCGGCCCAAGACGCCGCCCAGCCCCGGCGACGGCGACAAGGGCGGCAACCCGCUCAAGCCCAAGAGCCGCCGCCUGCCCGCCGACGUGCGGCGCGCGCGGCACCGCGACCGCAUGCAGCGCCAGCGUCUGGCCGAGAAGAAGAGCAUCGAGCUGAAGCGCGUGGAGGUGGAGCGCCUCACGCGCGAGCUGGAGCAGGCCAUCAAGAAGCUGUCGAGCCAGCUCAAGAGCCUGCGCGAAGGAGACGAAGGGCGCGGCGUCGAGGCGUUCCCCAGUCUCGAGGAGGAGGACACGUACCUAAAGCUGCUAGAGGGGGCGGAGGAAGAGGAACAGGACCAAGACUGGAAGGGCCAAAGCACGGCCGCGCGCCUCAUCCAGCAGCGCUACCUGAGUCUGGUGCUGCAGCAGGAGACCAUCACAGAGGAGAACCGGCGGCUCACCGACCGCUUCCGCGAGUGGCAGAGGUUCAUGAAGCUGCUGGGCGUCGAGCACGAGCGCCUGCCCAAGUACGGGGACGCCGCGCGCGCCAUCGAGGUGGACGAGCUGCAGCAACAAGAAGGCGGAGGCGAGGGGCGAUGGGUCGUCUUCUCCGAGGACGAGCCCGUGAUUUAUUACCAGCCUCUAGCGCGGGACACGUGCCACGAACUGGCGUUCAGAGGGUACCAGAAGAUGCAGGAGGUGCUGGGCGGCCUCGGAGCCAGGAAGCUCUACAACGAAGCCUUCGGGUGGAAAGUCUACUUCUCCAUGCACGAGGAGGGACAGUUCGAGUCGCGCACGGUCAGGAUGCAGCACCGGUUUACCAAGCGGAUCAGUGCAGUGGACGCCAAUGGACAGCGGAUCACGGGGGACACGCUUGCAAGUGCGACGUGGCAUAUCAUCCGGACGCCCGAGCUGUACACGCAAAUGUACCGGCAGCCCAUGACGUCCAGGAUACUGCAGAAGGCGGACGAGCACACGUCCGUGCUCAUGCGGACGUUCCCCGACCAGAACGCUGUGAUGCGCCUGAGGUUCGUGUGCAUGGUCAUCCAGGUGGAGGACUGCGUGAUCGACUCGACGCCAGAUCUCAUGGGCUUCAGCUGGAAGAGCGACACUCGGCGUCGCGUGACGCUCCUGAGCUCGAUCCUGGACCCGAGCAAGUGCUUCCCUCGAGCCACGACGCACACGCCCAACCCGACGGCCGAGUGGAUGCGCGAAGGCAUGAGCUAUCUGUCGUUCACGGAGAUCGACGACGAAAACAGCAUCGAGAUCGAGUAUGGAGGGCUCAUGAAUGUGGGCAGCGAGACGGCCACGUGCACGGGACUGCCCUUUGUGUGCAUGAAUAUGGGCGAGGCGCUCGUGCGCUGGGAGCAGCUUGUCACCCCCACGCGCACGCUGUCCAUCACUGAAAAGUAG